AUGAGUCGAUGUAGCCCCUCCCCCUCUGCGGUUUCUUUCUUUAUGCUUUCGCCCCGGUUUCUUCCCUUCGCUUCUCCCAAACGAUUCCUUUCGGUCGCUUCUUUUAGGUCCAUGUCUUCUCGCCAGCAGCCGCCCUGGCGGCAGCCACCCACCAGCGCAGAUGCGCAACUGCCUGCUCUGAAGGUGUGGAACUCUUUGACUAAGUCCAAGACGCCUUUCGUCCCGAUCGAUCCUGCGGGCAAGAAGGUGGUCUGGUACGCCUGUGGACCUACUGUCUACGAUGACGCGCAUUUGGGACAUGCCCGCAACUAUGUUAGCACCGAUAUCAUUCGCCGAAUCAUGCGCGACUACUUCAAAUUCGAUGUCAACUUCGUGAUGAACAUUACCGAUGUGGACGAUAAGAUCAUCCUUCGCGCCAGACAACAACACUUGUUCAAUGAAUUCGUCACCACAAGCCCUACCGUCACACCCGAGGUUCUUGAAACAGUCAAGCUUGCAUUCGCGGCAUACCUAAAGAAGAACCUGCCCCUGCUCGAUUCCGCGCUCGCACCCUCUCAGUACCAGAAAGAAGUCGAGAAGACAUAUGCGACUAUCUUGAACGGCGGAGCUUUGGCCGGAAAUGAGAAGGCUGGUGACGAUGAGGCCAAGGUCAAGAUGCACAUUAAGACGGCUGCUUCGGCCGCCAAGGUUAUCGCGCAGGCCGAAGUCCGCGACGAGAAGAGUGCUGACCCCGCUGCUUUUGCCGAAACAUUCUACAGCCAGGCGCAGGAUCUUAUUCUUCCCUACUUGGACGCCUUGAAGGGCGCAUCUGUUGACGCAGACGACCACAGCAUCUUCACCAAAUUGACUAAGAGAUACGAGGAGCGGUUCCUCAAUGAUAUGCGCGAUUUGAACGUUCUCGACCCUACCGAGUUGACUCGCGUGACGGAAUACGGUGACGAGAUUGCGGCAUUCGUCGACCGCAUUGUGAAGAAUAACUUUGGAUAUGCCACUAAGGAUGGAUCUGUCUACUUUGACAUCAAUGCUUUCGAGGCUGCAGGUCACCCCUACGCUCGCCUCGAGCCCUGGAGUCGGUCAGACAACAAGUUGGCUGCAGAGGGAGAAGGAUCCCUGGCUAGCAAGACCACCGAAAAGCGCGGUAACUCCGACUUUGCUCUUUGGAAGUCUUCCAAGCCAGGUGAGCCCAGCUGGGCUAGCACCUGGGGUAGAGGUCGCCCUGGAUGGCACAUUGAGUGCUCGGCUAUGGCAUCGGCUAGAGUGGGUAAGCAGAUGGAUAUUCACUCUGGUGGUAUUGAUCUUGCUUUCCCCCACCACGAUAACGAGCUGGCUCAGAGUGAAGCAUACUGGCACGAUGGCCACAAGCAUGACUCUCAUGACCAGUGGGUCAACUACUUCCUCCACAUGGGUCACCUUUCCAUUCAAGGAUCCAAGAUGUCCAAGUCUUUGAAGAACUUCACCACCAUUCGGGAAGCGCUUGAUCGGAAGGAUUGGACCCCCAGAAGCUUGCGUAUCGUUUUCCUUCUGGGUGGCUGGAAGGACGGUGUUGAGAUCACCGACGACCUUGUGAGCUUUGGUAGCUCCUGGGAGGAGAAGGUGAACAACUUCUUCCUGAAGGUCAAGGACCCGGCUGUCUUCCAGUCUACGGGCACCGACACCACCUUUGCUGCUGAUCUGGAAGCCACCAAGAACGCCGUCAAUGAGCAACUCUGCGAUUCGUUCAACACUCCGGCUGUCAUGCAGUCCAUUUCCGAGCUUAUCUCCAAGUUCAACAUUGUCGACAAGACCAGCGUGCCCGGCAAAGACCUUCAGGCUGCUGCCCAGUGGGUCACCUCCAUGGUGAACAUCUUUGGUCUGAACGGCGCUGCCUCGGCCGACAGCUCUGAAAUCGGCUGGUCCGGCAUCGAUGUCCCCGUUGAAGCCAAGCCUUACCUCUACCCGCUCGCCGCCAUGCGUGACACUCUCCGUGAGGCGGCCCGAUCCAAGGCCGGCAUCUCCGCCAAGGAUCUCGAAGAGGCCGUUGCUCGCUCAUCCGCACCACAGGAGGCCUCCGACUCCGCCAAGCCCUAUGCCGAUAUCUACGCCAACUUCCGCGACACUGUUGCAUCCCUCGAGUCCUCCCAGUCGAUCGGCAAAGAUAUUCUCUCCCUGUGCGAUCGCGUCCGCGAUAUCGACCUCUUCGGCGUAGGCGUCUACCUCGAGGAUCGGGAAAACCAACCCGCCCUCGUCCGCCCCGUCACCCAGGAGAUGAUCAAGGCCCGGGCCGAGAAGGAAGCCAAGGCUAGCCAGAAGCAAGCAGAGAAGAAGAAGCAGGAGCAGGAGGCCCUGAAGCGCGCGGAGAAAGGCAAGUUGAGUCACCUGGAGAUGUUCCGCACCAACGAGUACAGUGCCUGGGAUGAGGAUGGUAUUCCGCUUCGUGAUGCUGCCGGCGAGGAGGUCACCAAGAGCAGGGGCAAGAAGCUUCGCAAGGACUGGAUGAGCCAGAAAAAGGCUCACGAGGCCUGGUUGGCUACACAGGCCAAAUGA